AUGGCGAUGAAUAAGCAAGCUUUACUCUUCGCACUUUCCUUUCUACUUUAUUGUUUUCUCCGCCCUCCCAGCUGCGAAUGUACAACUACAGAAGAAAAGUACUACAUUGUUGGAGUGAAUACAUUUCUUAUCGAAGAGGGGAGGGAUUUAAAUGCCCCGACUAGGAGCCCAAGCGAGUGCAACCCCUGCAAGGAUUGUUCUUCCAAUGCAAAGUUCCCCAUGUAUGUCCCCAAGCAAUCCUCCUCCUAUAGGUCGGUGUCUUGUAAGCUCUCGAAAUGUCCACCCCUGGGAUCUGAUGCCAAGGACUUUGAGUCAAAGUGUGACAACUGGGAUACCUGCACUUACAGGGACACUAAUGGUCUUGCCCAAGGAUCCGAGGGAGAUUAUAUCACAGAGACCCUGCAGGUGGGUGACAAUACCUUGAACGAGUUACAUAUGGGAUGCGCCUAUAGCUUCACUCCACGCAGGGACUAUGCAACAUCUGGGCAUUUAGGAUUGGGGUCGCUGAGUUUAGGGAAGUAUUCCAUUCCAUCUUCUGUUAAAAUCUUCACACCCAUGCAAAAUGAGCCCCAGUUUGCUUCAAGUGCAUACCUCUUGGGACUGGAAGGUAUCAGCGUGGGAUGGCAACGCUUAAGCAUGAACAUGCAGGUUCCUGGUGCUCUGCCCACAAUAACUUUUAUUGACACAGCAAUAAUGGCUACCCAGCUGGUGAAAACUGUGUACGACGCUUUGAGAUCAUCCUUCGAGGAAAAGAUGAAGACAUACGCGCCAGCUAUUCAGCCCGCCUCGCCAUUCGGAGAAUUUAAACCGUGCUACCAAUUAUCCAACAUAACAUCUGUAAAAUUCCCCACCUUUACUCUUCAUUUCAAAGGCAAUGGCAAUUUCGAUGUUCUUGCUGUGGGAUCUCUGCUUCAAGUUGCGAAUGAUGUGGUGUGUUUCCCCUUUCAACAGUCUCCAAAUGACGCUGUGAACAUCAUUGGGAAUGUCCAGCAACAGGGUAUCACAGUGGCUUACGACAAUGUAAACAACAGAAUUGGCUUUGGCCCUGGCUCUUGCUGUUGCAAUGUAAUUCUUACCAUCACCUUUUAA